AUGCCACCAAAGAAGAAGGUUGAAGAAAAAAAGAUUUUAUUGGGUCGUCCAGGUAACAAUUUGAAAGCUGGUAUUGUUGGUUUAGCUAAUGUUGGUAAGUCCACUUUUUUCCAAGCCAUUACUAGAUGUCCAUUAGGUAACCCAGCUAACUAUCCUUUUGCUACUAUUGAUCCAGAAGAAGCCAGAGUUAUCGUUCCAUCUCCAAGAUUUGAUGAGUUAUGUAAAAUUUAUAAAAAAGCAGCCUCUGAAGUCCCAGCUACAUUAACUGUCUAUGAUAUUGCUGGUUUAACUAAGGGUGCUUCUGCCGGGGAAGGUUUAGGUAAUGCCUUUUUGUCUCAUAUUCGUGCUGUUGAUUCCAUUUAUCAAGUUGUCCGUUGUUUUGAUGAUGCUGAGAUUAUUCACAUUGAAGGUGACGUCGAUCCAGUUAGAGAUUUAGACAUUAUUUCUACUGAAUUGAGAUUAAAAGAUAUUGAAUUUUCUGAAAAACAUUUGGAAGGUAUUGAAAAAAUUACGAGAAGAGGUGGUCAAUCUUUGGAAGUUAAGAACAAGAAAGAAGAAGCCAUUGUUGUUGAAAAAAUCAUUCAGUUGUUAAAGGAUGGCAAUAGAGUUUACAACCAAACAUGGAAUUCCAAAGAAGUUGAAAUUAUCAACAGCAUGCAAUUGUUAACUGCUAAGCCAUGUAUUUACUUGAUCAACUUGAGUGAAAGAGAUUACAUUAGAAAGAAAAACAAGCAUUUGUUGAGAAUCAAGGAAUGGGUUGACAAAAACUCUCCAGGUGAUUUGAUUAUCCCAUUUUCCGUUUGUUUGGAAGAAAGAUUGUCCCAUAUGACCGAAGAAGAAGGUGCUGAGGAAUUGAAAAAAAUCGGUACUAUUUCUGCCUUACCAAAAAUCGUUACUACCAUGAGAAAGAAGUUGGAUUUGAUUUCAUUUUUCACUGCUGGUGAUUGUGAAGUUAGGGAAUGGACCAUUAGAAAAGGUACUAAAGCACCUCAGGCUGCUGGCGUUAUCCACAAUGAUUUAAUGAAAACUUUUAUUUUGGCAGACAUUAUGAAAUAUGAUGAUCUUGUUGAAUAUAAAGAUGAAAAAGCCGUUAAAGCUGCUGGGAAAAUGCAACAAAAGGGUAAAGACUAUGUUAUGGAAGAUGGUGAUGUUGUUUAUUUCAGAGCUGCCGCUGGUAAAACUUAG